AUGGCGCCCCACAAGAACGGUGUCGAUGAGAACAUCUGCCGCUGGGACGACUGUGGAGCCGAAUUCUCUGACCCGGACGCGUUGUAUGACCACAUCACGUCGCUGCACAUCGGCCGCAAGUCCGCCGGCACGCUCUCGCUCGAAUGCAAGUGGACCGGAUGCAACUCCAAGGCCUCCAAGCGUGACCACCUUACUUCCCACGCACGAGUACACAUCAAUUUGAAGCCCCAUGUCUGCGAGGUGAGUCAUCGCAAAUAAUCAUCUGAUCGAGCGGCCUCGCCUCUUCGCCGCCGAAGCUGACCUUGCCCACACCGCUCACAGAUCUGCUCUAAAGCCUUCAAGCGACCCCAGGAUCUGAAGAAGCACGAAAAGAUUCACACCGAGGAGCAUCACGUCAAUCACAAGCAUUCCAAGGCCGUCACCGUUCCGAGUGGUGCCCCCCGUGAGCCGUCGACCGAGAUCGACCCUAUCACGCAGAACAAGGGCCACGACUCGCACCCCUUCCAGCCAAACCAACACCACGCCGUCCCUGUCCAGCAGAUGCAACAGCAGAUGGGCAUGCCCAACGCCUACGGUUUCGUUAGCUACCCCUUCGGCUUCCCCGUCUUUGGUCAAGCCGCCGCCGGUCAAUCCGUCGAUCUUUCGGCCUUCAUCGCCCACCAGCAGCAACUUAACGCGCAGGCCGCGGCGGGGAUGCACAUGGGUCCCAUGGGUUACCCCACACUGCCGGCUUACGGCGCCCCUCACCAUGCCGAACCGUUCCCUCAGGUCGGUCAACACCCGCACCAGGCGCAGCAGGCCCACGCCGCCGCUCAAGCUCAUGCGAUGCAACAAAUGUUCGCGGCCCAGAACGCGGCCAUGUUCCCUUACGGUCAAGCCGCUCUCCCCUACAUGCAACCCGAUGCGAUGCCCAUUCAUCUCGCUCCUUCGGCAACCAACGCCGACGUUCGACGAGCCUCGGCGCCGGCGGUCGUUGCGGCCCCUAAUAACGCGCCAAAGCCGUCCUCGCUCUACCCUUCCCUCCCGCAAGCUCUCAAUGGUUUGGGGCGCCCCAGCGCGCCGGCUUACACCUCCGUCCCGGUCAAGACUGAGGAUCAACCCUCGCCUGCCAACUCAGCCCACUCAUCCCAGGGCAGCUACUACCCGAACUCUUUUCACUCGUCGAGCGUCUCACCUCGCGUCCCUGCCCUCUCCCCACCGUCCUACUCUUCGCCCGAGAACUUGGCGUCGCCCUUCUCGGAGCAGGACAGCGACUCGGGCUCGGCGAGGCACUCAAACGCCGGCCGAGGCAAGAAGCGAGGUUUUGAAGAGGCUGCGGGUCAGUUCCUUGGCGACCUCAAGAACAAGCGUUUCCAGGACAAAGACGCCGUAGGGGUCCACCUUGACGCCUUGUCGCAGUUCCUUCUCUCGCCGGAAUCGGUCGCCCCUUCGCUCACCCCUGCUCGUUCCAAGGACGGUCACUCAUCGUCAUCGUCGAUCUGUUCGGACUACUCGACCCAGGCCGAGAUCAACCAGAUCAACGAGCUCUUGCUUUCGCUCGGUCAGACGAUCGAGACCAAAGAUUUAAACGAGUUCUUGCCCGCACCGCAACAACAGCACGUCCAGCCGAACGCGAUCCCGCAGCCACCAUACACGACGUCGAUGUAUCCUUCUUUGGCUCAGAUGGACCGACAGUACGCGCGUGCUCCCACCGGCUCGACGAUGUACGGUCAUCAUAUCACUGAUCCGAUGCGACCGGGCAAGUCCAUCGCCGCGCCGACGCUCGUGAACGACUUGCGCGCUCCGCAGUACACCACCGUCGAUCGCCUUCACCGUGCUGCUCCUAUGUCGUACCGCGAUCAGCAGCAGAGCUUCGACGACCAUGAGGAGGACUCGGUCGCCGCUCGCAAAAGCUAUUCGUCUUCGAUCCGCACGACGUCGUUCGACGAGAUGGAAGAGGAGCCGAACACGUUGGCGCCGAUUUGUGCCAGCUCGUCGCCGAGCUCGGGUUUAAAUUCGUUCUCCGGCCGUGCAUCCCUCACUCUUCCUUCCAUCGCUUCCAUCGUCCCGCCGCCCCCAACCGAGUCGACCGCACCGGUCACACUCCCUUCGAUUCGUGCGCUGCUCGAUGCCGUCGAGACGACCGCCCGCAACGAUGCUUCUACGAGCUCGCCCUCUCCCUCACCCUCUGCGUCUUCAUCCUCGUCCUCCUCUUCGUCUCCUGCUUCUCCUCCUCUUCGCUCGGCCUUGUACCCCAAGGCACCUGUCCGAUCCUUCUCGACCGAUUCGAAAGCCUCGACCUCGACGGUCCGACCCGGCUCUUCAAGUGGCGUUGUUGAUCGACUAACGCACCGCGUACAUAAGCUCGACGUCCAUCCCGCCCCGAUUCAAGACGACGAAGACGAGGAUGCCUCCCCCCUCGAGGUCUCUUCGGACGAAGACGAAGACUCCGACCACCCCUCCAACAGCAAACGUAUCCGCUUCGAGUCCCCCGAACCGAUGGAGCAAGAAGAUGAUGACACGAGCGAGGACCCGCGUCAGCAAGCCGAUGCAUGGGCACAGGCGAAUCUGAUCAAGCAACGACGGAUGUUCGUGCUCAGGACGUUGAUCGCUCACCUCAACGCUUCGUACCGCGCUAAGCUUGCGGCAGAGGCUUUGCAAACACCCUCCGCGUCAGCGACUGCGACCGCGGCAUAG